AUGAAAUACUGGGUUAGACGCUUUAGGGAACGGUAUGGCAUAUCCGCCGGCAGAGUGAGUGUUGAUGAGAGUACUGCUGGUAGUGCUACGGCAUGUGAAUCUCCAGGAAAAAAGGAGACACCCAUUGAGCAGAUUGAGAAGGAGUUUGACGAGAAUGACAUUUUUAACGCAUGCAAAACUGGAAUGCAAUGGCGAAUGACUACUGAAACUGCAUUCCUGGAUGAAAGGCGGAAGCGGAAUGCAGAUAUGAUUGGAGAACGAUUAAUUGUUCUUGGUAGUGCGAGUGCUGCGGGGGAAAAGCUCCCUCUCUUCGUCGUCGGCAGUUGUAACCUGCCAAAUUGCUGUGAAGGAGACGUGAACAACUCGGUCACAUAUCGAAUGCACAAACUGGCUUGGAUAACAGGCGAGGUGUUCGAGACUUGGCUGUGGACGCUGGACAAUCAGAUGAAAGCUUCUGGCAGGACCAUUGCCAUAGUACUGGACAAGUAUUCAGCUUACCCCGAUAUCGACGGUUUGAGCAACGUGAAAAUAUUCUUUCUUCCACCGAAGGCCUCGCGUACGAAUCAACCACUGUGUUCUGGAAUCAUCACCGACCUCAAGAGGUCCUACCGUUAUCUGCUGUUGAAGCAAUGCCUUGCGUGUCACGAGUCUGGUGUACCGUUCAGCUUGGACUUGCUCCAGGCGCUGGAGUGGCUGAGUAGCUCGUGGAAUUCCCUCAAGGUGGCCACCAUUGUCCGUGGCUUCCGUGCUGCUGGCUUUUGCCAUUCUUCUACCCAUAGGCCACAGAAACCUGCAGCAAGUAGUAUUGCAGCUAGCAGUAGCGACUCCACGCUUGAUGGAGCAGAGGGGGCAUUGUGGAAGCAGGCACAAGACACACAUCUGGUAAAGAGUGGAGCAACAUUUCAGGACUACGUCAACAUCGACAAUAAGCUGCUGGCCAAUCCAUCUUCGUUUGAAGCCACAGUUGACAUGAUCCUAGGUCGAUCUCCAGGCCAUGAUGAACUGGAAGGUGGCAACAAUGAGGGAGAGGGUGCUGCUAUGCAUACACCUGAAGAGCAGCCUACACCAUCAUUCAAGGAAGCCCUGAAUAGUCUGAGUGCUGCUCUAACCUAUAUGGAGUCCAUACCCGGAACUGUCGAGCAUUGCCUUGCUGUGGCACGUGCGCAGGAUACGUGUGUCGAUGCUCAACUAAAUUUGCAAUAG